AUGGCGGCUACCAAAAAAGCUGCAGAGUCGACUCUCUACCAUGUUCAUCCGAAAGGUUUUUGGAAGAAAUUCCGCGACGCUGUGGUCAUCAACCCUGAAAUCUCGAGUGGUAUUCCAUUAGCAGGAGUCUCCAGGUGGCCGCAGCCUGGUUCCAGACCAGAGAAAUACUCAGCUCCUGCAACCAAAGCUUCCGACCCCGCCCAGAACCCAUAUUGGAAGAGAGAUGUUCGAAGGGCAUAUCCCCAACUUUCUGUGGUCACGCAGCCCGACCUCUCGUCACUUCUCAUCCAACACUCUGAAGCACAGGCGUACUUCCCAUUGACAUGUAAUCAUAGAAUUCCUGCACCAUCAGAAGCCAAAGAUGGUGAGAACGCGAAUGUCCCUACAAAGACCCAGGAGACCUUGGAUUUGACAGGCGCAAUCGCUGCAAUCACAUCUGUGCACAAGGUGUAUGACCAGUCAAAGCUCCCCCCGAAGGUACCCUCACCCUUUAAGAAGUGGAGAGCCGAGCUCGCGCCGGACGCCCCUCAUGAUCCCAAUGCCUAUUUUCCAAUGUUGCUAUACAAGUAG